GGCCAAGAAACUGCUGUUGAAAAGUACAACAUUCAGGUGUCUUCAUUUUCAGGUACCUUCUAUCUUGUUUCAUUUUUGUCAUGAUUGCUUUCAUUCGCUUUAUAUUCCACUUCAGGGCUUUUACUUCUGUGCUGUAGCAGCUGCAUGAGUUUCAUUUGUACAAUACCUUGAUCCUUAAUAUGAAAACUGUAACACUGGUUUGUAAUGAAGAUGUCAUUAAGUUGUGAAUUUAAAUCCCGUUUGUUUCUUUCUGUACUAUUUUUCCUGAAGGUUCUCCUGAACGUGAGUUCCUCACAAACAUUGAAACGAUUGUCAGGAACUGCUUGCCUCAUGACAAAUUGAAGUCAUAUUUUGCUGAUCCAGAAAGUGCUAAAGAGGCGCUCUUGAAUAAGUCACAUUUUGUAAUGAUAGAAUCAAGGUAUGGCUCAGGAUAUCGCAUGAUUUGA